AUGAGCAAUGAGUGUAGGGACACAUGCGAAGCCAUGUUUGGGGGUGUUGGAUCGAUCAUGCAUGGGUCUUGCCGCUGCGAAGCCAAAGUCGAUGGCGAAUACACGCCUUGUUGCGACACUAAGCUCUGCCCUACGACAACGCCAAUGGCAACAACAAGAAAGGCGAUGGUGACAUGCUACUCGCUCCCAUCCGCAGAUGACUGCAGGCAGGCUUGUGAGGAUGAGUAUGGCGCCCGCAGUUCGAUUGUCUUCAAGCAUCGCGAAACAUGCUACUCGCUAGUUGCGGACAAGUCAUGUUGCGACGGCAUAGACGGAGCCGGAGCGCGUGCCCUCAGCGUCCUUCCAGCGUCCAUCAUGUCAAUUUCGCUGUUAGUGGCACGUUUUUUUUGA